CGGAGGGCCCACCCCUGAGGAAGUGACGGCAGGAGUGCCCUUGACUGGAGGGGAGGGCCGGGCUGUGCAUCCCUCCGCUCGCGCUGCAGGGAGAUGGCUCAGCGACUUCUCCUGAGGAGGUUCCUGUCCUCCAUCAUCUCCAGGAAGCCCCCUCAGGGUUGGUGGGCACCCCUCACCCACAGGGCCCCGGAGUGCAGUCCUGGUGACCUGACAGUAACACCCAACCAAGCCCGGUCAAUAUACACCACCAGAGUGUGCACAACGACCUUUAACAUCCAGGAUGGACCUGACUUUCAAGACCGAGUUGUCAACAGUGAAACACCAGUAGUUGUGGAUUUCCAUGCACAGUGGUGUGGCCCGUGCAAGAUCCUGGGGCCAAGGUUAGAGAAGGUGGUGGCCAAGCAGCAUGGAAAAGUGGUGAUGGCCAAGGUGGAUAUUGAUGACCACACAGACCUCGCCCUGGAAUAUGAGGUGUCAGCUGUGCCCACCGUGCUGGCCAUCAAGAAUGGGGACGUGGUGGACAAGUUUGUGGGCAUCAAGGACGAGGACCAGCUGGAGGCCUUCCUGAAGAAGCUCAUUGGCUGACAAGCAGGGAAGAGGCCUGGUUGCCCUUGCCCCCCUGGGCCCCCAUGGUUCCAGGAGGGCCCCCGAUAGAACUCCGAGCCCUUCCGUGUUGGCCCUUCCCGCCUCCUCCCUUCUGUCCGGCCCCUGUGGGCCCAUGCUUUGGAGACCGGGCCCCCAAACACAGGAGCCUUGCGUGCUUCCAGCCCGGCUGAGUGCCAGAGGAAUGGUGCUGCUGCUGAUCUGGGGACAGCCGCCUCUCCCCGCCCCCCCACUGUCUUUUGUCUGCUCCCACUAGGGCUCGUCUGUCCUCCCGGGAUGCUGGAGAGAGCCCCAGGCCAGCCCCAGGCCAGCCGGCAGGGACCGCUCGGCCCACAUCUCCCUGGUUCUUCUGAUCCGCACCCCGGUGCCUGCCUCCUGCAUUUUUCUUUCCUGCCUCUCUUUUGUAAAAAGGAAGAAGGAAAAAAGAAACCCAAACAAGUGAGAGUAAUCUAUAAUUCUCUCAUUUUUUGUAGGUCUGUAAUAAAGAACUUUA